AUGGCCUGGUGCAUUACUACCAAUGAGGACUAUCAACUGGGAGUAGAAGAGAUUAUUUGGGACGAUGCCACCGUGGUCCCUUCCGGAGGUGACGGAGAUGAUUACUUUGACGAGAGCGAUGAAGAAGUCCCUGCGGAGCUAGCCGCCGACGUCCAACAAGGACGCUUUGCCUGGUUUGCUCGUGGCUGCAAGAGUAGUGUUAAAGCCGCUAAAGAUCGUAUGGCAGACCGACCCGUUCUCACGGCCUGA